AUGGCGACGACGGCGCUCUCCACUCUGCCGCCCGGCGCUUCGAGCCGCGCCUUGAUUACGAGCGGCUCAUGCAGCCUCGCGUCGAAGCAGAGCGUUCAGCAUCUCCUACUGCCCCAGGGCGCGCGCAUUGCUCGGCGCGCUCUGACCGCCCAUGCCAGCGGCAUCGCCGCGUCAAUGUCAGCCGUGCUGACGUCAGCGGCGGUGGUGGAGGCGGAGGGGGAGGCGCAAGCGGCGGAAGGGGCGCAGGCGCAAGUCCGCAAGGGGCGGGGGAAGUCGGGCGGGCGGCAGAGAGUGCAGCGGCGGAAGGGGGGCGACGGAGGGGAGCAGGACGGCGAGGAGGCGGCGGGCGUGCGAACGAACAAGCUGGCGUGGCUGGCGGACGAGGGCGUCAUGCUCGACUCCGAGCGCACGCUGGCGCGCGUGAACAGGGCCAUAGCGCGGUGCUCGUCCGUGAGAGAGGCGCUGGGCGUUGUGGAGGAGAUGAAGGCCAAGGGCCUCAACGCUGCCAAUGAGGGCACAUAUCAGGCGCUGAUAACGGUGUGCAGGAGGCAGAGGCAGGGCGAGAGGGCGCUGGUGGUGUAUGCGGCGAUGAAGCAGGCGGGCAUGGCGCCGGGCAUGCUCACCUUCAACGCGCUCAUCUCCUGCUGCCACCAGGCGCAGAGAUUCGAGGAUGCUUUCCGACUCAAGGCGGACAUGGAGGCGCAGGGAUUAAAGCCCGACGUGGUCACGUACACGUCGCUCAUGGCGCUGGUGGUCAAGACCGGCCCCUACCGCGGCCGCUCCUCCCCUGCCCAGCGGUUUGAGCGGGCAAUGGAGCUAUACAGGGAGAUGAGGUCCCCGGAGCGCGCAGUGCAGCCCGACGCCAUCACGUUCAACACGCUCAUGUUCGCUGCCGCCCAGGCGAAGCUUCCUGGGAAGGUGCUGGAGGUGUACGGCAUGAUGGUGGCGGACGGCGUGCCGCCCAACCAGAUCACGUUCGGGAUUCUGCUCGAGGCCGUGGGCAGCGGCGGGCGGCUCACUGCCGCCCUGCAGGUGUUCAACGAGAUGCGAGCAGCAGGCAUCCCACCCACCACCUCCACCUUCAACUACCUCAUUGACGCCUGUGCCACCGCUCCCCAGCCAGACGUGGUGAAGGCGUGGAGCCUCUUCUCCGAGAUGGAAGCUGCUGAGAACGUUCGUUCCAAUGCAGAGACGUUCAACCUGCUCAUCACCGCCUGCACCAAGGCGGGCGACCACGAGGGGGCACUGAAGGCGUUCAGCAUGAUGAGGGAGAGGGGGUACACGCGGGCCAUCACCACGUCCACCUUCAACAAGCUCAUCCACUCCGCUGCUGCCUCCCCCUCCGCCUCCACUGAAACCGCCUUCCAGCUAUACAGUCAGAUGAGGGCGGAGGGCCACAGGCCAGACGUGGUGACCCUGGGAACGCUCAUCACAGCCUGUGGCAAGGACGGGGACGCAGCACGGGCCAUGGCGGUGCGGCAGGAGCUAGAGGCCGAGGGCGUGCCGCCCAACGCCGCCGUCUUCCACGCGCUCAUGACCGUGCAGGGCCGCGCCGGCAUGUGGUCGGCGGCGCUCGGCACGUUCCGGGAGAUGCAGGGCCGGGCGGCGGAGUGGGAGCGGAAGGGGAGCGGCAGCACGGUCAUCGGUGGCGCCAGAGAGAACCCCCUGGCACCAACCCUCCCGGCGUACACAGUGCUGUUUGACGCAUGCUUUGGCCCUGAGGGGGCGGAUGCAACCAUCAAGGCCCUCGUGGAGAAGGGGCACAGGCUCUCGCUCACACCGGCCCUGCUAGCAGCAGUGGAGGUAUACAGAGAGGCAGCAGAGGCGGGCACCUUCUCCCAUUACGCCCUCACUGAUGCCUACAGGUGUGAUGUGCGCAGUUCCACACGCCCCGUCGCCACUGUCGCCCUGCUCUCCCUCCUGCUGCACCUCGCCUCUCCUGCCUCUGCUCCUGCUCCUGCUGCUCCUGCUCCUGCUGCUCCUGCUGCUGCCGUGUCUUCCCAAGGUGGUGUUCCUUCUGCUGCUGCUGGAUCCUCAGCUGAUGGCUCAUUAGUGCGCGACUUGGUUAUCGUUACUGGGAUGUCGCGGGCUAAGAACCAGCCAAUAGGAGAGGCCCCAAGGGGUAGGUUCCCAAAGCUGUUUGUGAGUGUGGAUCGCACGUUGCAGGCGGUGGGCCUGAAGGGCAGGAGCAUGCGCGCCCUCACAAUGCAAGCGCUAUCCGUGGAUGGUCAACAGCUCGUGCAAUGGUUCAAGAAAGAUGCUGCGGCUGUUUUUUCUGAGUUGAGGAAGUAG